ACCCCCCCCCAAAGGGCGCUUCCGGCCCCGCGGCCCCUCGGAUCAAACAUUAACCGGGGCCGGGGCCGGGGGACGCGGCCGCCGCUGCCGGGGCCACCCAGGGACCCCCCCGUGCCAUGAGCAGCAGCCAUGGGGGCCGCGGGGCUCUGCUCGCUGCUGCUGCUGCUGCUGUUGGGGGUCCCCGGGCACCCCGAGGGCCCCCCCCCACUCUGCGACCCCCGCGUGCUGGAAUGGUUCAUCCUGGAGGCGCGCGACGCAGAGAGGGCGCUGGCCAGCUGUGGACCACAGUGUGAGCUGCCCGAGGCGGUGCCUGUGCCCUACCCCGGAGUGAACUUCAAUGAAUGGCCACGGCUGGAGGCCGCGGCGCGCGCCCAGGACGUGCGCGGGGGCGUGGCCACGCUCGAGGCCGCGGUGCAGCGCGCGCGGGAGCUGCUGCCGGACCCGCGCCUGCGCCCCCUGCUGGAGCGCGCCAACAGCGCCGCGCGGAGCCUGGCGCGGCUGCUGCGGGAGAUGACUGCGCAGGUCGCCCCCUCAAGCGCCCCCCCCCGGCAGUGGCAGGUCCGGAGCCUGGGCCGGCUCCUGGCUGUUCACAGCAGCUUUCUCCAUGGGAAGGUCCGGCUCUUCCUCAUGGACGCCUGUCGGCAGUGACCGACAGCAGCCAAUCAGCCAUUGGUAUGGCAGACAGCAGCCAAUCAUCCAUCAGCACAUGCCUGACAGCAGCCAAUCACCCAUCAACGUGGGAGAGAACGGCCAAUCAUCUAUCAGCACAUGCCUGACAGCAGCCAAUCGCCCAUCAACAUGGGAGAAAGCAGCCAAUCACCCAUCAGCGGAUGACAGGCGGCAGCCAAUCACCCAUUGACAAUGGCAGGCGGUUAUCCAUCACCCCCCCACCCUGUUCCCUGCGGAGCCUCCCCCCGGCACGUUGGACGUGCCGGCAGGUGACUGACAGCCUCCCCCCCCCGGGCCACCCCAUGGACACCGGGAGCUGUCACUCAGGGGAGACGCGGCCCCACAGCAGCGAUGUCUGAGUCCGAGCCCCCCCCGUGUGUGUGUGAGACCCCCGUAACUUAAUGCGAACACGAGAGUAUUUAUCUGA